CAGGACUGCUGGAUGCGGACUGGCUCCACGGUGUGCUGGUGUCGCCAUUUUACUACCUCGCAGCAGUGGUCAAGUCAGCUGAGUACUGGACGCAAAACGCUUACUACAAUGCUGGGGGCUCGACAGUGUCGCGCGUCGGAAGUGACGUUUACUAUGGUGCUGUCAACGUCGGCAAAGCGGGGACCACGGCGCUGGGCAUUGCCGCGUGGGCGGAGCGCGCGACUGGCUGGUCCAUGAAAACCGGCCGCUGGCGCAAAAUCAACAAGCA